AUGAUCCAGAAUAAGACUGAAUACUUCCUUAAAAUAAGACAAAAACCGACCAAAAGCUAUGCGUGUAUUUCAAUACAUCCUAUUUUAAACCAGCUUGUUGCCCUGGGAUCUUGCAUUUUACAGUUGGAAAAUAAAAUGGAAAUGAGCACACUGCCAAACUUCGGAUCGAAAGAAAAGAAAUAUAGGGAAAUCAAUGAUUUAAAAGGUAGGGUUCAGACACUUGUCAAGGAAAUAGAACAAAAUGUCAAAUCAUUCAACUGUGAAGAAAAGAACAUUGUGGAAUCUGUUCAACAGUACUUGCUGAACAAUCUAAGGAUUUAUUUGGCAAAAUUUAGAAAUUUUGAGCAAAAAUCAUUGUGUAAAAGUGAUAAAACCAUUCAAAAUUUUAAUAUCGCACAGAGCUCCAAUCACAGUUUUGACUAUUUGGAAGCAUUGAACCCUGAAACAAUAAUACUGCAAGAGACAAUUCAAAGAAGCAACAAUAUUAAAACAAGCAUUUUCAAUGUCACAAAUACAUUAAUUCAAUUGAAAAUGGCUUUAAAAUCACAGACAUGCCUUAUUGAUACUAUUGACAGCUGCUUUGACAAAUCAAACAUGUAUUUAGAACAGGCCAAUAAAGAAAUAGAAAAAAUUCCAGGAAACUACUGUGGAUUCAAGGAUUAUGUAAUUUAUACUCUACUUUACAUCAUUUGUAUUUUACUGGUAUUAUUAUUUAUUAAAAUAUAUAAAAACAAAAUUCCAUGGGUUGAAAAUCCACAAAUAAUAUUCAAACAGAAAUGGCCGAAGUCUUCUUCAGUGAGACAUUUUGACACAAGCAAAAAUUAA